AAGCCUGCGCAGCGCAAGGAUCGCGGGCAGUACACACGUGCUGUUCCACAGGACACUGCGGAGAAGAAUAUCAAGUUUGCCCCACGAUUUUCAUCACCUGACAUCAAAGGAAACUCCUCUUGUCAUACGGUGCUUCCACAGGGACUUCUAUAAUCACUCUGCACUGCGGAGUGAGCGAUCUGUCAACCAGCUAAGGGACAUACAAGGACAGUUCUUGCUCGCUGCUACUGCGCAGCGACAGAAGGUUCUCGUCUAACGCCAAGCUUGGGCAGCCAAGAAACCGAUCUGUCAAAAAACACUACAUUUUAGCAAUCACCAUGGCUGACUACCUAAUCAGUGGACAGACGGGAUAUGUACCUGACGACGGUUUGACAGGACAGCAACUUUUCAAUUGCGGAGAUGGUCUUACUUACAAUGACUUCCUGAUUCUCCCGGGAUACAUUGACUUCACCUCCGACCAGGUGGACCUGACAUCUGCUCUGACCAAACAAAUCACUCUAAAGACGCCGCUGGUGUCGUCACCCAUGGACACAGUCACAGAGUCCAAUAUGGCCAUCGCCAUGGCGCUCACGGGUGGCAUCGGGUUCAUCCACCAUAACUGCACUCCAGAAUUCCAGGCCAAUGAAGUCCGUAAGGUCAAGAGGUACGAGCAGGGCUUCAUCACGGACCCCGUGGUGAUGAGCCCCAAGGAGCGCGUGCAGGACGUGUUCCAGGCCAAGGCGCGGCACGGCUUCUGCGGCAUCCCCAUCACGGACAACGGGCAGAUGGGCGGCCGCCUGGUGGGCAUCAUCUCCUCGCGAGACAUCGACUUCCUCAAGGAGGAGGAGCACGACCUGCCGCUCAGCGAGGUCAUGACCAAGCUGGAGGAUCUGGUGGUGGCACCAGCCGGAGUCACACUGAAGGAGGCCAAUGAGAUUCUACAGAGGAGUAAAAAAGGCAAGCUUCCCAUCGUCAACUCCGAGGGCCACCUGGUGUCCAUCAUCGCACGCACGGACCUGAAGAAGAACCGCGACUUCCCGCUGGCUUCUAAAGACUGCCGCAAGCAGCUGCUGUGUGGCGCUGCCAUCGGCACGCACAACGACGACCGCUACAGGCUGGACCUGCUGAUGCAGAGCGGGGUGGACGUGGUGGUGCUGGACUCCUCCCAGGGUAACUCCAUCUUCCAGAUUAACAUGAUCAAAUACAUCAAAGAGAAGUACCCAACCCUGCAGGUCAUAGGCGGCAAUGUGGUGACGGCGGCUCAGGCUAAGAACCUGAUUGACGCGGGAGCGGAUGCCCUGAGGGUGGGCAUGGGCAGCGGCUCCAUCUGCAUUACCCAGGAAGCCCCUUCUGUUCCUCCUGAUAUAAAGCUCCACAGCCCCAAAACCCCAACUCAUGUAACGGGAUACAUGUUGGCAUGUGGCAGGCCGCAAGCCACGGCGGUCUACAAGGUGGCUGAGUAUGCCAGGCGUUUCGGUGUGCCAGUCAUUGCUGAUGGGGGCAUCCAGACUGUAGGCCAGAUCGCCAAGGCCCUCUCACUGGGGGCCUCCACAGUAAUGAUGGGCUCCUUGUUGGCUGCUACGUCUGAGGCUCCAGGGGAGUAUUUCUUCUCGGACGGCAUCCGUCUUAAGAAGUACCGUGGCAUGGGCUCUCUGGACGCCAUGGACAAGAACCUGGGAUCCCAGACACGCUACUUCAGUGAGUGCGAUAAGAUUAAGGUGGCCCAGGGGGUGUCCGGGGCGGUGCAGGACAAAGGCUCCAUCCACAAGUUCAUCCCCUACCUGAUCGCUGGCAUCCAGCACUCAUGCCAAGACAUCGGCUCCAAGAGCCUCACCCAACUCAGAGCCAUGAUGUACUCUGGGGAUCUGAAGUUCGAGAAGAGAACCUCUUCGGCCCAGAUGGAGGGAGGAGUCCAUAGUUUGCACAGCUAUGAGAAGCGCCUUUUCUAAAGAGAAAUGCUGAUGUCAUACACUCACCUUGCCAGUACACAUACACGCACACACACACGCGCACACACACACACACUCUACUACUCUAUUACUCUACUCUACUCUACUCUACUCUACUCUAACACACAUGCACAUUUGUGAAGUGACAAAAAGUGGCGCACACUGCUACUGAUGAACUGGACUUGUUUGAAAUGGUCUGCCUUGUAAGUUACAAUGGCAUGUGUUUUUAAACUGCAGUUCACCAUACAACAACAAAAAACCUCCACAUGUGGUACGCUGAUGUUCGGACUUUUAGAUUUCAUUUCAAUUUUCAUUUCAGUACCAGAAUACACUACUACUACUGAUGAGUGCUACUACUGAUAGGGACUGAGAGCGCAUGCAUCCUGACAGACCAUUUCAAAUUAGGCCACUAAAAAACAUUACUACUGAUGAGUGUCACUACUGAUAGACACUGAGAGCUCUGCGCAUGCAUCCAGACGUCCAGCCGAAACCUCAACACUA